AUGGGUGAGAUCAACAAAGACGCCAAGUUAUUACCCAACAUCACACUGGGAGCCAAAAUCUAUGACAAUUUUUUCAAUGCAAUAAGGACUUACUGGACCACUCUGGAUCUGCUAUUCAGGGGACUGAGGAAUCCUUCUACUUACAAAUGUAACAGGAGAGAGGAACCCAUGGCUGCCCUUGGUGGGCUCAACUCCCAAACAUCCAUCCAGAUGGCCAACGUCUUAAAUAUCUUCAAGAUUCCACAGCUCAGCUAUGGCUCCUUUGAUCCAGUGUUGAGUGAUGAAAAUCAGUUCCCUUCUUUCUACCGGAUGGUCCCAAAUGAAGAUCCUCAGUAUGUCGGGAUUGUUGGGCUGCUCAAGCAUUUUGGAUGGAAUUGGAUUGGCCUCAUUAUUUCAGAGGAUGACAGCGGAGAAACUUUCCUUCGGACCCUGAGGUCACGGCUUCUGCAGAACACUAUCUGCAUUGCUUGGACUCAAGUGAUCCCAACAGUGACACAAUAUUUACCAAAAAAGAUAAUCCAAGAAAAAUUGCUCCCAAUUCGUAAUACCAUCUUAUUGAGUGACAUCAAUGUGAUACUUGUGUAUGGGGAUGGUCAGUCUGUGGAGGGUUUUCGAAUGGUUUUGUAUUCAGAUGAGAUCCUUCAAAAGCGCCCAUUGGAAAGGCUUCACUCUUUUCUCAGGAACAUCAGAUUUAACAAUAGUGCAAAGGAAGAAAUAUCCUUUGAUGAGAAAUGGGAGCUUGCAAGUGGAUUUGAUAUCAUCAACCUGGUCACAUUUCCCAACCAAUCCUUCCAGAGAGUCCGAGUUGGAGAGAUGGACCCACAAGCUCCUGCAGGCAAAGAGUUCAAAAUCAAUGCAAGUGCUGUUACGUGGAACCCCAAGUUUAAGCAGAUGCUGCCCAUUUCUACCUGUGUCGAGAGCUGCCGCCCUGGACAGAGCAUGUUUAUCCAGCAGGGACAACAAAUCUGUUGCUACGAUUGUUCUCAAUGUGCUAAAGCAAUGAUUUCGAUAAAGAUAGAUGCAGACCAAUGUGAGAAGUGCCCAGAAGAUCAGUAUCCAAACAAGAACCAGGAUCAGUGUAUUCCUAAAGACAUAAGUUACUUAUCCUAUGAGGAGCCUUUGGGGGCAGUUCUUGUUUCCUCGGCUCUUUUCCUUUCUGUAAUCACAGCUGUGGUGUCGUGGAGCUUCAUUCAACAUCAAAAUACUCCCAUCGUCAAAGCCAACAACUGGAGCAUCACGUGUGCCCUGCUCUGCUCUCUGCUGCUCUGCUUCCUCUGCUCCUUCUUGUUCAUUGGGAGGCCUGGGAUGGUCACUUGCCUUCUGAGGCAAACUGUGUUUGGCAUCGUCUUCUCCAUUGCAGUUUCUUGUGUGUUGGCCAAAACCAUCACUGUGGUUUUGGCCUUCAUGGCCACAAAGCCCAGGAACAGAAUGAGAAAGUGGCUUGGGAAGAGGCUGGCAGUAUCAGUCAUCAUUCUCCCUUCUCUUCUCCAAGCUGGCAUCUGUGCAGUGUGGUUUGUAAUCUCUCCCCCCUUCCCAGAGUUUGACAUGCAGUCCCAGAUUGGGCAGAUCAUAGUGCAAUGCAAUGAAGGCUCAGACAUCAUGUUCUACCUUGUCCUGGGCUACAUCAGUUUUCUUGCUAUCGUCAGCUUCACGGUGGCUUUCUUUGCCAGAAAGUUGCCCGAUACUUUCAAUGAAGCCAAGCUGAUCACCUUCAGCAUGUUGGUGUUCUGCAGUGUUUGGGUGUCCUUUGUGCCCACCUACCUAAGCACCAAGGGGAAAUACAUGGUGGCCGUGGAGAUCUUCUCUAUCUUGGCCUCUGGAGCUGGCUUAUUAGGUUGUAUCUUUCUUCCCAAAUGCUACAUUAUUAUAUUUCAACCUGAGUUAAACACUAGACAGCAGUUGGUGAGGAAAAAGAAUGAACAGCUUUGA